AAAGAACGUUCUAAUUAAGAGGUAGCAAUUCAAUUAGUAGAGAUUUAAGAAUGCAGGUAAAUGCAGUUGAAAGGCAAAUCAAGUACAGUGUACAUCAUCGAUAAGUGGCGGUGCAAGCCGCCCAUUUAUUUCUUCCUAAGCUACACAUAUUUACUCUCUAUCUAUAUAUACCCCUCCGUCAAUUCUUUUCCUCUCAAACUAACCCAUACACAAUAAUGCUUGAUAAAAGUAACCGUCACGGCGACGUCCGGCUGAACGGCUCCUCGUUAGCCGCCAUGGUCAUUGCUGCGGCGGUGGUGGCCGCCGUAGCUGCGCCAGGGGCGGAGGCUGCUCGGGCCUUCUUUGUGUUUGGCGACUCGCUGGUGGACAAUGGGAACAACAACUACCUGGCGACCUCCGCCAGGGCUGACUCUCCGCCCUACGGCAUUGACUAUCCCACUCACCGUCCCACCGGCCGCUUUUCCAACGGCCGCAAUAUCCCUGACUUUAUCAGCGAAGCUAUAGGUUCGGAGCCGACUUUGGCUUACUUGGACCCAGCACUAACUGGCGAAAAGUUAUUGGUUGGUGCAAAUUUUGCUUCUGCUGGUAUCGGAAUUCUCAACGACACCGGCAUCCAAUUUGUAAACAUAAUAAGGAUAGCGCAGCAAAUUCAUUAUUUUGAGCAAUAUCAACAACGAUUGAGCAAUUUAAUAGGGACGGAACAGGCACAAAGUCGCGUGAACAAAGCACUCGUCCUCAUCACUCUUGGCGGUAAUGACUUCGUCAACAACUACUUCUUGGUCCCCGUUAGCGCCCGAAGACUCCAGUUCACUAUUCCAAACUAUUGUCGUUACCUCAUCUCCGAAUACCGAAAAAUCUUAUUGAGGCUAUACGAUUUGGGAGCAAGACGAGUAUUGGUGACAGGUACAGGCCCGUUGGGUUGUGUCCCAGCGGAGCUAGCCCAGAGAGGGAGGAAUGGUGAGUGUUCAGAUGAACUCCAAGAAUCCGCCGCAAUUUUUAACCCCCUUCUCAUCGAAAUGAUUCAAAGUAUCAAUCAAGACCUCGGCUCCACCGUCUUCGUCGCAGUCAAUGCAGUUCAAAUGCAGAACGACUUCAUCCACAAUCCUCAAGCUUAUGGUUUUACAACAUCAAAGAUAGCAUGUUGUGGACAAGGCCCAUUUAAUGGGAUUGGACUUUGUACAGUUGCUUCAAAUUUAUGCUCAGAUAGAGAUGCUUAUGCAUUUUGGGAUGCCUUUCAUCCAUCAGAGAAGGCAAAUGCGAUCAUUGUGCGGGGUAUUUUGACAGGCACAGAUAAAUACAUGAUACCGAUGAACUUGAGCACCAUUAUGGCAAUUGAUUCAUUUGAUGUGUAAUAUGGUCUCUCCGCAUGCACUCCGCCCUUCCGAUUAAGCUCCACAUAUAUUAUAUGUGUAUAUUUUCCAUCAUGCUUCUAUAAUAUGUUGACUACAAUAUAUUUCUAUUGUUUCCCGUUGUGGAUGGAUUAUAACUCGGGUAACAUUCAGAGAAAAAAG